AUGACUUGGGACUUGUUGGUGAAGAUUUUCAACGACCUUGAUCUCUGCCUUUUCGCGGGCGAUCUUUACCACCGGGUUCGCCUACGAUGGAGUGACCUUGAUAUGCGUCGCGCUUUGGGUGUAACGCACAUGAUGUCCACGCCUAGCUUUUAUAGUUUCUCAGGUCUUCCAUAUGCAAGGCCACGCGUCAUCAUCUUUCUCUCUGCGACAACAGACUGGAGUCGACUUCCACAAGGACUGGCUCUCGGUGUGCUCGUGCACGAGAUGCUGCACGCUUACUUCGGUGUAUGGGCUCCGGACGCACCUGAGGCUCCUCAGCACGCAAAGCAGGAUCAUGGACACGGAGCAAUCUUUCAAAAGGCGGCGAAAAAGCUUGAACAGGUGCUGCGCAUACAAGUCGUUGGCGACACAAGCGAUGCUAGUCAGUGGCCAGCCGCGAAACCGAAACCAAUGGAUCAUCGACUGGCGGUGCUUUCCACGAGCCGCAAUACUACGGCGAGCACGCAAAGCGCGCCGUUGCUGCCCAGCAAACGCCGCCCCAGCAAAGGCAUAUCGCGGACUGUGACGCUGUCCUCAGCACUUGAGGCUAAAUUGAGUCGACUGUCCAGCAUACGGACUGUGGAGUUCAUAGAUCAUCCUGUCGUACAAGCCACCGAGCAUACUGCAACCACAACCAGUACUACGGUGAUUAAUCACUUGCCGAGCUCCUUGAGUCCGCCGCAGUAG